AUGCGCACCCCCAAUAGUGUGAGCCAGGUGGAUGGGUGGAUGGUGGCCGCGAUGCGUGCAUGUGCAUGUUGUGUGCAUGGUGGUGUGUGCAUCAUGUGCAUGGUGUGUGCAUCAUGUGCAUGGUGUGUGCAUCAUGUGCAUGGUGUGUGCAUCAUAUGCAUGUGCAUGGUUGAGUGGGAGAUACCCUUCUUUCAUUUCAUACACCAGGCAACGACCACCUUCCUCUCCUCCUCUUGUCCUCUUUCCCUCCCUUUCCCCUCCCCUUCCUCUCCCCUUUCCUUCCCCUUCCCCUCCCAUGUUGCUCCCCUUUCUCUCCCCAUUUUCUCCCCUUCCCCUCCACUUUCCUCCCCGCCCCCUCCCCAUUCCUUCCCCUCCAUCUCUCAACACAUGCACCUGAAUCAGCUCCGACCAGUCCAGGCUCUACCCUUUUUAGGCGCCUAA